CGUAAAGCACUUCGGCGUUCUGACUGCCGUAGAGUCGGGGGCUAACGGGCAAUACCGAUUAAUUUGACAAAAAGGGGGGUGAUUUCUAUUUAUUUUAGUGGUUUGAGAACAGUCGGCUGAGAUGGCGGAAAAAUUUGACAACCUGGAGGAGCACCUGGAGAAAUUUAUCGAGAACAUUCGACAGUUGGGGAUCAUCGUCAGCGACUUCCAGCCCAGCAGCCAGACGGGGCUCAACCAGAAACUAAACUUCAUGAUAUCCGGUCUGCAGGACAUCGAGAAGUGCCGUCAGCAGCUCCACGAGAUCAACGUCCCGCUGGAGGUGUUUGAAUACAUCGACCAAGGUCGAAACCCUCAGCUGUACACCAAGGAAUGUCUGGAGAGGGCCUUGGCGAGGAACGAGCAGGUCAAAGGGAAGAUCGACACCAUGACGAAAUUCAAGAGCCUCCUGAUCUCCGAGCUGGGCAAAGUCUUCCCAGAGGAGAUGGUGAAGUAUAAGGCGAUCCACGGAGAGGACGCCCCCUCCUAGUGAGCAGCACCACGCCACCCCUCUGACCGGCAGUCUGUGACCCAUGAAUUAAAAGCCUCAAUGGAGUUUGACCAAGAAAAACCCAAUUAUUGGUUUUCAUAAAUAUUGUGAUGCUGUUGUUUUGAUUACGUACGCUGAGGGGGAGGAGGAGGUUUAAAUUUCCGCUCGGCGCCGUGACUCAGCCAAUCCGGUCCUUUCUCUCCAUUUUAAACUUUUUAAUUUAAAGGAAACGUAAAUCAAUACUCCAGUACAUGAGAAGAGGAGGGGAAAUAAUAUUCAGCAGCGGGUUGUUGUGUUGUUGCCAAGAGACGCAUUUUAGUUUUAAUGUCCACCCGUUGAUGCAUGGGCACUCGGUGGGCGCGGCAGAGACUCUGCAUUUACUCCAUCAGAUGUACAUACAGUAUAUUUAUACUCUUUACCUUUUGUAAUGCUUCCUAAUCAUUGUGCAGCCUGCAUUUGUACCACGACACGGUUCAUGACUAUUUGUAUCGAGCUCAGGUUUCUAAACGGCCACGAUAAUUGAAUGCAAACGCUCUUUGAUGGUAAUUCUGUGCCUGAUGGCUUGACGUGGUCAGAAAUUACUCUUUAUUUGUAACUUGUUUGUAUUAUAAUACUUUUUUUUUGUUUUGUUAUUAAAUGAUCCUUGUUGGACUGGU